CCCGCCUGCCAUUUCACUGGGGAAAUGGACUAGCAGCUCUCCCCGCAUCACGGUGGCCUCCUCUAACCCCCACGCUCUCCCUCUGCUUCCUCACAGGUACCUCCCUUGUCCAGCAUCUCAUGACAAUCCUGAUUAGCAAGCACAAUCAGCUCUUCAGUGCAGCCUACAGCGACGUCCCAGCCCCAGAGCCAGAAAUCAAGUCCCCUGCUCCUCGCAGCGCAGCAGAAUGGAUCUUAGAGGAGCAUGUGGAGGAAGGCUGGAAAGAGAGCAACCCCCUUGGUCUCUCUGACGGGCCUUCCAAGAGGACCGGCUCCCUGGACAGUGCCACCGUGGGGACCCUUCCCAAGCCUUCCCAAGAGCGGAUCAGCCGGCGUGCCCAGACCUGCCCUAACAAGACCUCCACCAGUCCCAGUAAGAAGGUCCAAACUUUGCCCAACUGGAAGUACUCCUUCAGACAACCCGGGACCAAGUCGGGGAGUCCAAAGCUAGUGAGCUCUUCCUUGGACAUCAAUAGCCUUCCCACCAGUGGAAACUGGCUCAUGAACGGGUUGUCUUCUCUUCGAGGCCACCGUCGGACCUCCUCUGGCGACAGGACCAAAGACUCCUCCUUGCCACAGAGGCUCUCCACGUACGACAACGUCCCUUCCGGCAGUCCUUCCACAAGUGCGCAGAGCGUGGCCAGCAUGGCAUGGUCCACCUCCUCGUGUGAGAUCUCCGUGGUAGACUCAGUCAGCAACUGCCCAGUCUGCCAUGCCAGCGGCUCAUCCCCCUGCAACUCGGUCCACUUUGAAUGGCCAACUAAAGGCUCCCCAGGCAUGUGCAGCGACGUCAAAUCGGCAGAAAUGGAGACUAGCAACGAGGGUCUGGCAGCCUGUGUGAGCACCCUGAAUGGCAGCAGCAGCGAGGGGAACAAUUUUAACAGCAUGUCCAGGGACUCUGCCCAGUGCUCGCACGCCCUGCAGAGCCUGGUCACAGAGCUCAAGGCAGAACUGAGCAAACAAAGGACUGAAUAUGAGUCUAGUUUAAAAAG